UAAACUGGCGUUUAUCCGUUAACUGUCUUCAGCUUCUCAGAUGAGAGUUGACUCUGCUUGUGGACAGACGAAAUAUUCACGAAACCUGUUUGAGUAAGAGCGGUUCAUCUUUGGUGACAAUUUUAUUUUGCUUGGAAGAAAGGAAUUUGUUGAAUUUGUGAGUGAUCGCGUCUGCAGUAAUAAUGUCCCAUUUUGGGUUUGAGAAUGACAUCCACAACGUCCUCCGUCUGGACAUGCCCAUCACGAAUGCCCCGAUGGCGAGGUGGCAGAGAAAAGCCAGCACAUCCAGCUCCACCAACACGAGCUCGCUCUCACCGAACAAGAGUGUCAACAGAUCAGUGAGCCUUUCCAAAACCCCCAGUAAAACACCAGGAAAGAACGGCAAAACCCAGAACACCCCGUCUAAGGCAGGAGGAGAUCGAUUCAUCCCGACAAGGAAUAACAAACAGUUGGAUGUAGCAAGUUUUCUCAUUUCCAAAGAGAACGAGCCAGUGGAAGAAGCCACAUCCUCUACAGCACCAAAUCAGAAAGCUUGGUCUAUGACACUAAAUGGAUAUGACAUUGAGGAGGCAAAGAUCCUGCAUUUAGGAGGAAAACCACUGAAUGCUCCUGAGGGUUAUCAGAAUAAUUUAAAGGUCCUCUACAGUCAGGUUGCCACACCGGACUCUAUCAGAAAGAGCCGGUACAUUUCUUCGGUUCCAGAGCGGAUUCUAGAUGCCCCUGAUAUCAAAAAUGAUUUCUAUCUGAACCUGAUGGACUGGGGAAGGCAGAACAUGUUGGCAGUUGGCCUUGCCGACCAUGUGUAUUUGUGGGAUGCUGGUGCAGGGGACAUUGUUUUAUUAAAGAAAAUGGAGGAGGAUAAUGAGUUCAUCUGCUCUGUCUCUUGGAGCAAAGAUGGCAAUUUCUUGGCCAUUGGGACCAGUGAUUGUAAAGUUGAGCUCUGGGAUGUUCAGUACCAAAAGCGUCUCCGCAGCAUGGAUGGCCAUUCGGCAAGGGUUGGUUGCUUGAGUUGGAAUGAUCACGUUUUGUCUAGUGGUUCCAGGUCUGGUUUGAUUCAUCAGCAUGAUGUUCGGGUAGCAGACCACCACAUCUUCACCUUUGGUGGACACACUCAGGAAGUGUGUGGCCUUACAUGGUCCCCAGAUGGAAAAUAUUUAGCUAGUGGUGGUAAUGACAACAUGGUGUACAUUUGGCCAAUGACAUCUGGCUCGGAGUAUCAAGCUGUCCAUGCUCUUAGUGAACACCAGGGAGCAGUCAAGGCUUUGGCGUGGUGCCCUUGGCAGCCUAGUAUUCUUGCGUCAGGAGGGGGCACCAGUGACCGUCACAUUCGCAUCUGGAAUGCCAACAGCGGCUCUUGUAUCAGUUCCCUAGAUACAUGUUCACAGGUAUCAUCUCUUGUUUUUGCACCGAACUACAAAGAGUUGGUGUCUGGUCACGGUUUUGCUCAUGACAAGGUUAUCAUUUGGAAAUACCCUACACUCACAAAAGUUGCAGAGCUUGAAGGACAUGAAGACCGAGUCCUCAACUUGGCACUCAGUCCAGAUGGUUCGACUGUGGCUUCUGUUGCCGCCGAUGAAACCAUUCGACUUUGGAAGAGUUUUGAAAAGGAUGCCGUCAAGAAACCCAAGCCUACCAGCAGCAUCAUUCAACAACGCAUCCGAUAAUUAUGAAAUGGUCAUUUUUAAUGCAUCCAGCAAAUGGGGAGUUGGAAGACUUGAAGAUCGAAAGCAGUUUUCCCAAAUGUUCUUUAAACUAACAUUGGUUUUAUUGUUUGGCUUUCAAAUGGCUGGGUAAUUCCACUGACAAACACUGUUAAGGGCUGUUAUAUGCUGUCAGUCACACCUGCCACAAACUCUACACUGUUUUAUUAGGCAUUCCCUUAUUCUUGUUUUCAGAGGCACAAUAGGUUUUUU